CAACAUUCCAAACAUUCUAGCAAUCUUUACUUACCAAAAUGGCGACCUAUACUCUGAAUAUUAUUAUCGACGAUGCCAUGCUAGCAGCUGGCUCGAGCGACUCUCUCUGUAUUGCCAAGAAGGUUAAUGGAUCAUAUAACGUUAUCUUCCAAGGCGCUUCUCCGGUCCCCAAGCCUGACCAAAAGCUCCUGGUUACAAACAACACCUUCGAGUGGGAGGAUGAUUACCAAGUCUUCCUGACGACUUCUUUCGGUAAUGGCGUCUUUAUCCAUGCCUCAACCAACACUGUCCCCAUCAAGUUUGGCGAGCUGGUUCAAUUUGAAAAGGGAGUUCUCCAAGAUGCUGUUGGCGCUGCAACCAGCACCUUCGCUGUCGACGGCGGUCCAGUCCAAUUUCACACUGCGGUGCAGCAAUCCACUGGUGGCGGCUCUUUCAGCACCAUCUACGUCGACCCCCACGUACACAUGGGAGUUUCGCGCAUCGAGCUGACUCCAAUCAACAAAUAUCUUUUGUUCUGGAAGGAGAUCCAAACAACUGAGGCUAUGCUGGCUAUCAGCACCGGCGCUGGCCAUGAGUGGUCGUUCCCCACCGGGAAGACCGAGAAGACCAUUCGUUUCGGGUAUGCAAAACCCAACCAGCCUUCCUCUGCAACAGAAGCCCCUGGAUGGUAUGACCAGAAGAGCUCUUGA